UCCAGGACCCCAGCUCACGGUGACAGAGUCCGGCUCACAGUCCUGGGACAGCUCCAGGUCCAAGUCCUGCAAGAUAAGCUUCACAGCAAAGCCCUCCGGGGCCUGGAUGACAGUGGUGCUCUCUUGGCCUUCGAGGCCGGGUGCUCUGGGGAGAAGGGCGAAGGCUAUGUGGCAGCACCAGGACCCGACCUCGUUCAUAUGAGGUGGGGGAGAAGGGAAGCCUUUGGUGCAGGCAGUAGAAUUCACCUCCGUGGACUCCUCCUCAGUUUCUGGUCUGCACUGUUCCUCCUUGCCCUGAGUUGGAAACCUGGAGGUUCAGCUGGUGUUUGAGGUCCUGCCUUCUCAUUGGAUGUCAGAGCAGGUCUAGCAAGAUCAUUAGUACCAUACCCAGCAGGGUAUUGGUUGGCUGCCUUCUGCAUACCCCCCAUUGGGGAUUGAGUCUGCAAACCAGGCAUGUGCCCCGAACCACAACCUCAUGGUUCAUAGGUUGGGGAUCAACCACUGAGCCACACUGACUGGGUGAGCAAUAGAAACUUUAAGAAAGAACCAAAUGUAAAUUCUAGAACUGAAUGAUGCAGUAUGUGAAAUUUAAAAAAUUACUGGAAGGGCUUAAUAGAAGAAUGGAGAUGGCGGAAGAAAGAGUCAGUGACCUUGAAGAUAAAUAGAAAUUAUUCAAUCUGAAGAACAGAGGAAGGCAUUUUUUUUUAACUGAGUAGAAACUCAGGAAUAGUGGAACAAUAUAUAAAAAAAACCCCUCUAAUAUGCAUGUUCUUGGAGUGCUAGAAGGAGAGAAGAGAACGAGGCAGAAAAAAUAUUUGAAGAAAUAAUGGCUGGAAAUUUCCCAGCUGUUGAAAAAGGCAUCUAUCUUCAGGUUUAAGAAGUUCAAUAAAUUCAAAGCAGAACUAAAAAUAAACAAAAGAGCACACAUGGGCCCAUCAAAGUCACAUUGCUGGAAACUAAAGAUAAAAAGAAAAUCUUGAAGGCAUCCAGAGAAAAAGAACACAUCGCAAUCACAGAACCACAUUUUCAAUGUCACUGCUUUCUCAUCAAAACCAGCACAGACCAGAAAGCAGUGGAACAACUUCUUCAAAACACUGGAGGGAAAAAGCGUCAACUCAGGGUUGCUUUCCCAGCGAAAAUAUUCUUCAAGAAAGAAGAUGAAAUAAAAGCAUCUUCAGAUAAAAAGAAAACUUAGAAAACUUGUCAUCAGCAGACCUGCAUUAAGAGAGACGCGAAACUUCUUCAGGCUGAAGGGAAAGAAAUCCAGAUGGAAGAACAGAGUCGCUGGAUGGAUAAAGAGAAAUGGGCGUGACCAGAGGCUACGUGAGCCAACAAGCACAAGCCAUGGAUCGAGGCGGAGUACCAGGGCAUCGUCAUGGAGAAUGACAACACGGUCCUGCUGAACCCACCACUCUUCGCCUUGGACAAGGACGCCCCCCUGCGCUAUGCAGGUGAGAUCUGUGGCUUCCGGCUCCAUGGGUCUGGGGUGCCCUUCGAGGCUGUGAUCCUGGACAAGGCAACAGGAGAAGGGCUGAUUCGGGCCAAGGAGCCAGUGGACUGCGAGGCCCAGAAGGAGCACACUUUCACCAUCCAGGCCUAUGACUGUGGCGAGGGCCCUGAUGGAGCCAACACCAAGAAGUCCCACAAGGCGACCGUUCAUGUGCGUGUCAAUGAUGUGAAUGAGUUUGCCCCCGUGUUUGUGGAGCGGCUGUACCGAGCUGCAGUGACUGAGGGGAAGCUGUAUGACCGCAUCCUGCGGGUGGAAGCCAUUGAUGGUGACUGCUCCCCCCAGUACAGCCAGAUCUGCUACUACGAGAUCCUCACACCCAACACCCCCUUCCUCAUUGACAAUGAUGGGAACAUUGAGAACACAGAGAAGCUGCAGUACAGCGGGGAGAAGCUCUACAAGUUUACGGUGACAGCUUAUGACUGUGGGAAGAAGCGGGCGGCAGAUGACGCCCAGGUGGAGAUCCAGGUGAAGCCCACCUGUAAACCCAGCUGGCAAGGCUGGAACAAAAGGAUUGAAUAUGCACCAGGUGCCGGGAGCUUGGCUUUGUUCCCUGGCAUCCGCCUGGAGACCUGUGAUGAACCUCUCUGGAAUAUUCAGGCCACCAUAGAGCUGCAGACCAGCCAUGUGGCCAAAGGCUGUGACCGAGACAACUACUCCGAGCGGGCAUUGCGGAAACUCUGUGGUGCUGCCACUGGGGAGGUGGAUCUGUUGCCCAUGCCUGGCCCCAAUGCCAACUGGACGGCAGGACUCUCAGUGCACUACAGCCAGGACAGCAGUCUUAUCUACUGGUUCAACGGCACCCAAGCCGUGCAGGUGCCCCUGGGUGGCACAGCUGGGCUGGGCUCGGGGCCCCAGGACAGCCUCAGUGACCACUUUACCCUGUCCUUCUGGAUGAAGCACGGUGUAACUCCCAAUAAGGGCAAGAAGGAAGAGGAAACCAUCGUGUGUAACACUGUCCAGAAUGAGGACGGCUUCUCUCACUACUCACUGACGGUCCAUGGCUGCAGGAUUUCCUUCCUCUACUGGCCUCUGCUGGAGAGUGCUCGCCCAGUCAAGUUCCUCUGGAAGCUGGAGCAGGUCUGCGAUGACGAGUGGCACCACUAUGCUUUGAACCUUGAGUUCCCCACCGUCACACUCUAUGCUGAUGGCAUCUCCUUUGACCCUGCUCUCAUCCAUGACAAUGGUCUCAUCCACCCACCCCGAAAGGAACCUGCUCUCAUGAUCGGGGCCUGCUGGACUGAGGAGAAGAACAAGGAGAAAGAAAAAGGUGGAGACAACAGUACGGAUGCCACCCAAGGAGACCCCUUGCUGAUCCACCACUACUUUCAUGGCUACCUGGCUGGUUUCAGCGUGCGCUCAGGCCGCCUGGAGAGCCGCGAGGUCAUCGAGUGCCUCUAUGCAUGUCGGGAGGGGCUGGACUAUAGGGAUUUCGAGAGCCUGGGCAAAGGCAUGAAGGUCCACGUGAACCCCUCGCAGUCCCUGCUCACCCUGGAGGGGGAUGACGUGGAGACCUUCAACCAUGCCCUGCAGCAUGUGGCUUACAUGAACACUCUGCGCUUUGCCACGCCUGGCGUCAGGCCCCUGCGCCUCACCACUGCCGUCAAGUGCUUCAGUGAAGAGUCUUGCGUCUCCAUCCCCGAAGUGGAGGGCUACGUGGUUGUCCUCCAGCCCGAUGCCCCCCAGAUCCUGCUGAGUGGCACUGCUCACUUUGCCCGCCCAGCUGUGGACUUCGAGGGACCCGAGGGGGUCGCUUUGUUCCCAGAUCUUCAGAUCACUUGCUCCAUCUCUCACCAGGUGGAGGCCAAAAAGGAUGAGAGUUGGCAGGGAACAGUGACAGACACACGCAUGUCGGAUGAGAUUGUGCACAACCUGGACGGCUGUGAGAUUUCUCUGGUGGGGGAUGACCUAGACCCGGAGCGGGAAAGCCUGCUCUUGGACAUGGCAUCCUUGCAGCAGCGAGGGCUGGAGCUCACCAACACGUCUGCCUACAUCACCAUUGCUGGGGUGGAGAGCAUCACUGUGUAUGAAGAGAUCCUGAGGCAGGCGCGUUACAGGCUGCGGCACGGAGCUGCCCUCUAUGCCAGGAAAUUCCGGCUUUCCUGCUCAGAAAUGAAUGGUCGUUACUCCAGCAACGAAUUCAUCGUGGAGGUCAACGUCCUGCACAGCAUGAACCGGGUUGCCCACCCGAGCCAUGUGCUCAGCUCCCAGCAGUUUCUGCACCGUGGUCACCAGCCACCUCCUGAGAUGGCUGGACACAGCUUGGCCAGCUCCCACCGAAACUCCAUGGUCCCCAGUGCAGCGACUCUCAUCAUUGUGGUGUGUGUGGGCUUCCUGGUGCUCAUGGUCAUCCUGGGCCUGGUGAGAAUCCACUCCCUUCACCGCCGUGUCUCGGGGGCCGGUGGGCCCCCAGGGGCCUCCAGUGACCCCAAGGACCCUGACCUCUUCUGGGAUGACUCUGCUCUCACCAUUAUCGUGAACCCCAUGGAGUCCUACCAGAAUCGGCAAGCCUGUGUGGCAGGGGCUGCCGGUGGCCAGCAGGAGGACGAGGACAGCAGUGACUCAGAGGCAGCUGACUCGCCCAGCAGCGAUGAGAGACGCAUCAUUGAGACCCCCCCACACCGCUACUAAGGCCUACACUCCUCCCCGAAGAGAGAGAGAGAGAGAGAGAGAGAGAGAGAGAGAGAGAAUUCUGCUCUGGUGAGACAGAGAUACUCUCAGAAAAGAAAGAAGGACAUUCUGAGAGAAGAGAGACCAAAAGGGAGAGAGCUUGAGGCAUCCUUUAAUCUCAAAAUCCCAGUUGGCCCCACUGGAGUCUACCCUCCCCAUCCCCCCGUCCACCUUGCUCCCAUGCCUCUGGGCUCCCCCGCUAUCCCGAGUGGAAGACUCUGGCUGCCUUUUUUGCCCCUCAGAGCAGCCUUCCCCUAGCUCACCCAUGUCUCUGUCUCUCCCCCGACUAGCCAUGCUCUGUAUUGGGGGCGCUGUCAGUAGCAAUGGCAGGGGCCAGCAGUGGGAUUGAAGGAACACUCUACUCCACACUUCCCUACCCUCCUGUCCAUGAGGCCUUCUCCCCCCAGUUCCCACCAUCCGUUUCACUCUGGGGACCCCUGCUUCUUCACUGCGCCCACUUUCCUUCCUUUGUGUCCUCUUUCCUCUCCUGUCCUUGCCUGAAGUCCUACAACCCCUUCCCCUUCCUACAUGACCCGGUCAUGGCUAGGUUGUGGGGGUGGGAGCGGGAGUAGGGGCCCCGAUGUAUAUAUAUAAUGUAUAUUUUUUCAUGUUGUUGUGAGCACAGCCCCUGUGUUCCAUGUGCAGCUCACAGCCUUGUGUGUGUGUGUGUGUGUGGCAUUGUCAUGUCCUGGGGUGGCGGUAGGGGAAUGGGUGUGGUGAGGGAGGGGACACA